AUGUCGGACAGCGAAGGAAAUGAUAAUUCUCUUCGCCAAGAGAUAGAUCGUUGUUCGGCAAAGAUUGAUGCAUUAAGCCAUGAUUUCCAAAAUAGCUGGGAAACUCAAAAUAAUAAAAUUGAAGAAAUCAAAAGGCAAUAUAACACAUUAUACAACACAGCUAAUCAAGUUAUUGCAGAUGCCGAAGAUAUUAAGAGAUCAAAAGACAAUAUUGCAGAACACGAAAAGAAAUUAAAUCAGGUUGCCAAAAAAUUGAAAUUCCUGAAAGAUGCUUCAGACGAACAAGCCCAACAUAUCACAGAACUCCAAAAUACAUCAAACGACCAUAAAGAACGAAUAGAAACACUAGAAGAGUUCAAAAAUGGAGAAGAGAAGCGUCUUAGCGAUCUUAAAAAUGAUAUAAUGGCACAGUUGCAAGCUGAUUAUAACACCAAGUUCCAACAACUCAAAGAAAACUUCGAUCAAAAAAUUAACGAUGAAGUCGCAAAACUAAACACAACGAUUAAACAAGUCCAUGAUGAGUUGAAUGAGAAGCACGAAAGUAAUGUUAAGCAAAUUCAAGAACAUACGUCGCAAAUUGGAAAAAUUAACGAAUAUUUACAACAAGUUGCAAAUAAGAUCAACAAACUUGACGCAAACAUCAAAAGUAUCGAAGAACAUUUACACCAACACGAUGAAAACCUGGAAAAACACGAUUCUGAAAUUAAUAAUAAUACUGAACGAAUUACAGCAUUAGAAAAGCAUUCAACCGAUGUUGAUGACUUAAUUGAAUCCAUCGGAGGAGAUAUCGAAGGUCUACAACAAAAAACCGCCGAAAUCGAAAAAUAUAAUUCAGAAGAUACUGAAGCGUGGAAGAAACGAACGGACAAAAUCGAGCACAAUGCAAAGAAAUACACUAAAUCAACCGCCAGCAACAUAAUGAAGCACGUAGAAGAGACAGACGCCAAACUUUCCGAAUUAACCACCAAUUUCACUGAAUUUUCGACCUCUACGACCAAGAACUUCGACGAAAUCAGGAAGGAAAUACAGGAGCUUCACGCCGAGGACGAAGCUCUUGAAAAAGACUGUCAUUCGACUUUGGACGAAAUUAACAGGAAGAACAGCGAAAUGAAGGCUGUGAUCGAGCAAUCCAAUAAGAAACUGGAGGACAUGAACAACAGGCUCAUUUUCUUGCAGGGAGAAGAGAAAAUUUCAAUGACAGAUUUAAGUGGUCAGAUUCAAACCGUCAGAAAGACAUUGAAUGACUCUGUCGACGGAUUUAACGAUACCGUACAGAAAAUCCGAAAAGAAACAAAGGAAUCCCAGGCAAAGACAAUUUCAACUGUUGAUGCGAAAAUUAAUGAAGUUAAUGGCAAUUUCGAUAAGCUCGUCGCUGAAAUGAAGGCCGCCCUCGCAAAACAGAAGGAAACAAUCACUGCAAAAAUCGAAUCUGGAGAUAAUCAAAUUAAUGAGAGACUCGAAAUCGAAAUCAAGAGGUUCGAUGCGUUAGUCGGUGGCUCAAAGACUACGAUAGAGGACAUAACAAAGUCAAUAGACCUUGUUAAGGAAGAUAUCUCAAAUCAAAGCAACGAACUGAAGGAAGCUGAUGCUAAAACUAACGCCGCUCUGCAGGCUUCCAUCGAAGAAAAUGAGUCAAAGCGUCAGAAACUCGACACAAAAAUUGAUCAGGUCAAAUCUGAGACAAAAGCACAGUUGGAAACCCUCCAAACACAAGUAUCUGAACGCCUUGAUAGAUACAAAGAGAGGAUUUCGGGUAUUUCCGCUAAAGUUGAAGACGCAAAAACAGAAAUUUUGCAAAAAGUUGCAGAAAACCAAGAUUUGAACAGCCAAGAACAUGCGAAAUUGGCUGCAAGUAUCGAACAGAUCAAGAACAUCUCAGAAGAAAUCGAAUCUAAAGCUCAUCAAGAAAAUGAUGAGUUAAUUGCAGAAAUCAGCGAAGACAUCAGGAACAAAGUUGCAGAAGUCAACACCAACUGCCAGGAAAUCAGAGGAAUUCUCGCUACUUUGCAAGGAGAAUCCACUUUAACUCUGGAUGAAAUCGAAAAGUCCAUCAAGAAAGUAAAAUCGAGGGCUGACGAGAAGAUAAGUAACAACAAGCAGUUGAUUGAACAGCGCGCGCAAGAGUUACAGACGCAAAUGGAGACAUAUAAUAACUCUACCGACGAAAGAAUCAAAUCUGUGACCGAUGGAUUUGCCGCUCUGACUGACAAGAACCGCCAGAUGAUAGACGAUAGCACGAACAAGAUCGAAAGCGACAUAGAAAAGAACAAACAGGAAUUGUUGGAAAAAAUUUCACUGACACAAACAAAUUUGGAUAAUUUUGUAGGGGGAGUCACCUCCACAAUGCCACAGGUUUUGGAGAGAAUGACGAAUUUCGAGACAGAAACACAGAAUACGUUCUCUUCCCAGAAGAAAGACAUUAAAAAGAUCAAAGAUAAAUUUGAAGAGUUAUAUAGCGUCGUUGAGAACAGCUUAGAAGAGAACAAAGAGAGAGUAUUGAACACUGAUGCGACAUUAAACACGAAAUUCGAUGCAUUGACCGCUCAAGUCAAAGAUAUCAAAGAUAAAGAAAUUAAUGACAAAGCAGAGCUUACUAAACAGAUUGAAGAGUCAUCCAACAGAAUCACUAAGUUCAUUGAAGAAGGAAAUGAGACUCAAAAGGCAAGAGAUGCUAAGCAAGAAACAGAUAUCGAACAAAUUCAUCAAAAUAUCACUAAUCUCGAGCAAAGAGUCACUGCAAAUAUCACAGUGACUGUUGAACAGACCGAGAAAUCCUUAAACAACAGGAUAAACAAGCUCAAAGGAAAUAUCCAAUCAUUAGACGACAAAUUCAACUCAUUAACUGGAUCAGAAGACGCCUCCAUCCCAGGAAUGAUGAAACGCAUCUCUACUUUAGAAGAGAAACAGAAAUCUUUCGAUCCUUCUAAGACAGACAAAAUCCAAGAAGAACUAAACACACUCAUUCAAAAUUUGAAUGCAGAAAUAAUUGAGAAGGACUCUCAAAUUCGAGAAACGAUGAAACAGAACAUUGAUGAGCUCAAAUCGAAUAACGAUCAAUUAGUUCAGUCAAUCAAAGACAAAUUCUCUAAAAUGAGCUCUUCAAACAAAGAACAGUUUUCAUCACUUAAUUCAUCAAUAGAAUCAAUCAGAGGAGGCUCCUCUGCAUCGAUAAACGACUUGUCCAAGAGGAUUGAAGAGGUCUUCCACCAGAUGGACUCGCAAAUCACUGUCCACACAACAGAAUUAACAAAUCUGACUGAGAAAACGAACAAAUUGACUAAGGAAGUAUCAGAUUCGGUCGUAAACACAUUGCGCGUUGAGUUGACAGCAAUGAAAGACGAAUCCUCCCAUCAACAAGAGUCAAUUGAAAAAAUCAUUUCGAAGAUCAACGAAAUUCCAAGCAGAAAAGACUACAACAACAUUGUAAAUCGCCUCAACAUCCUCCAAGGCGACUCCAAAGAGACAAUUCCAUUGAUUUUGCAGCUGAUUUCGGACGCAAGAAAUCAAAUUCAAGCCGGAGUUGACGAAUGCAAGCAAGACUCGCGUUUGCUGUUGAAGACAUUCACAUCAGAGCGCGACGACAUCCUCAACACCGCGAAAACAGCCUUCUUCGGUGCAACAAUCACUCUUUCUCAGGCAGAACAAGAAAUUUCGAAGAUCAAAGACAGUUUGGCAUCGAAUUCCCAGAGAUUUGAUGACUUUUCUGGUGAAACAGUCAAGAAGAUCAAAGAACUGUCAUCGAACUACAAACAGUCAUCAAAUGAAAACCAGGCAAACUUCAACAAAAUUCAAACUUUGUUGACUGAUUUAAAUCAAAAAGUGACACAAAAUCAGAAAUCGAUUGAAAGUGAAUUACAAAGUAAUGUUGAAACAAUUAGAAAUGAUCAUGGCAAAGACAAGGCAGAGUUGAAGCAGUCUAUAUUAGAUCUAACACAAGAUGUAAAAGACAGAAUCAAAAUUAUCUCAAACAAAGUAGAUGAAGAAGACGUGAAAUUCGAAACAAUCAAAGACCAGAUUAAGAAGAAAGUUUCAUCAAUUGAACAGACAAUUUCAAACAACAGACAACUGCUGGAUGACCACAUUCUUCUGAAUGAACAACAGGAGAAACAGAGACAGGAGCAGAACCAGAAAGAUCUGCAGACGAAACACCAGGAAAUCACUCAGGAAAUAGACAGUCUGAUCAAAGACUACAACAAACAACAGGAAGAAAACCAGUCCCAGUUCAACAACAAACUGAUGAAUGAAAUAAAUGACGUGAAGGACCAAAUCAACCAGAUUAAAGGUGGUGAUCUGCAGACAGCAAAUAAUAAAAUAGACCACUUGAAGUCAACAAUGAAACAAGUGAAUAAAUCACUGUCAGAAAACAUCGACCAAUUAAACUCUGAAUUAUCUCAAAAAGUGACAGAUUUGAAUUCAGAAUUUUCACAAAAAGUGAGUGAAAUCAACGACAAAAUCAAAGUUGUUGACGACAAGACAAACCAAGUAGAAGGGAAACUGAAUGACUCCAUUGCCAAGAAAGGAAAUGAUUUGAGCGUAAUGAUUUCUGCUUCUGAACAAAAGACAAAAGAAUUAAUUGAGAAAAAUAAUCAGAAACAAAAUGAGGAAUUGAAAGGUUUACAAAAUACGUUACAAAAUAACAGUAAACAGAAUGAUGACAAUGUCAACAACAUACAAAGUAAGCUGCAGGAACUGAAGAAAGCCUUGGACAACAUUGAGAAAGAGCAGACAAACAGUUUGGACCAGUUUAUGAUUCAAGCCUCCAAAAAAGUUAAAGAACAAAUUUCUCAGCAAAUCCAAGAAAAUAAUCGAAUUUUCGAUAAAAUCUCUGAGAAGUUUGAUGCACAAAACAAGGCCAAUGACAGUAGAAUUGACCAGUUCAAGAAGGAAAUCAGCGAAAUCAAACAAACUGUUGAUGCAAAACUCAAUGAAACAAAUCAGAAUUUGUUGAAUAAUUCUAAAGAAAAUAAGGAACGAUUAAAUUCAAUUGAAAAUAAGAAUAAAGAAGUUUUGGAUCAGUUCAAGCAGAGGAUAAGCGAGAAUGAGCAGAAAGUCAUUGACAUAAACGCAGGAGUCAACGAAAUGAGUGAUGAUUUGAACCAGAGAAUGAAGAAAGUUGAGAAUUCUCUCAAAAAUGUCAAAGAAGUAACUAAAAACAAUUUGGACGAAUUCUCCGCCAAAAUUGAUAAGGCAAACGAAGAAUUCAACAACAAGCUGCAAAAGAUUAUUGACGAUAACGAUAAAAUAAACAAAGAAAUGUCAGAAAAAAUUGAAAGUGAACUGAAAUCAAAUUCAGAAAAUCUGACAAAUAACUUUGACAAAUUGUCAACAAAGAUCAAUGCGGACAUGUCCAACAUGCAGGCGAAGACAAGGAGCGACAUCGGACAGGUCGAAUCUUCUCUGAAUUCCCUCAAAGAAAUGGAUAAUUCUUUGUCAGAAAAAUUGAAAGAAUUAGAAAAAGUGACAGAUUCAAUGAACAGCAAAUUUAACUCGGAAAUUGGCAAAGUGCAGACGACAAUGAUCACUUUCACGAACCAGACAACUGAAUCCAUCAAUUCCCUCAAACAAGAAACGACAAAAGUUUCUAAAAACUCAGAGAGAUUGGAGAAACAGUUUAAUGAUGUGUCAGGCUGUUUUGACACUUUAUUAAACGGCACCAAUGCACUUCAGAGGCGCCGUGACACUGAGAUAGAUGCAAUGAAAGGCGCUGUGGAGAAAGCGACGACAGACAUUGCAAGUUUGCAGCACAUUCACCGCCACAACGCUGAUUUCGAGAAAUUCAACAUGAAAUUCGAACAGACACUGGCGAGCAUCAAAGAUUUCGAGAACAGGAUCUGCUCCAUUCUCUUCCCAUCUCUCCAAUCUCUUCCUGCAAUCAAUUCCUCCGUUGUUUCUCCGGCGAAAUCAACUGUUUCCAAUUCCCAGAAAGUUCCAAGAGUUCCGAAGAAAGAAAGAUUCGUUGUUCAGGCGAAAGACGGAGAUGAAAUCGGUCAGAUCGCAAGAAGAGCUCUGACAGAACACCAGCACGUACAAAUCCAAGUUUCUGCUCGUGCAAAAGUGACAUGGCAAAAAGUGGUUUCUAUUUCACCUCUAUCGAGUUUGACAGUUGUUUGCGACGAAACAAACGCUGAAAUGCAGAUCAGCUCGACAGCGAAGAUAGGCGAAAUGGCGACACCGACAAGAUGCAUUGUUGAUGGAACAGGAAUUUUGAGAAUUUUGGGAAUAAGAGUGGUGGCUAAAACAAAUUGUUCGGAAUUGAAAGGUUUACAAGAUUUUACAUCAUUAUUUGUUUUGCGUUCGUUUGAUGCAGCGGGUCCAAGUGUUUGCACGUUCAGGCAGUGCGAUAUAGAGAGCGAUGUUUCUAUUGUAAAUGCUGGUGGAAGUGCAAACGCUCAUGUAGAAUUUAGUUCUUGCAGGAUUUCGAGUUCUUCGAGAAAUAAAAAUGUCGUCAACCCUGUCACUGCAAACUGCGGCGGAUUCGAACAGGGAUUCGCGUACGUGUCGACAAACGAUAUGAAGAUCACUGAUAGACAGAUUGUUUGGGCUGAUAGCGAAUUCAUUUUCAACGAAACACUUGAAAGAUAA